CCAUUCAUUCAAAACAAAAACCUCUUUCCAUACAACCAAUAUGAAGUCUUCUUUCGUCGCUUUCGCCGCCCUGGCUGGCUCGGCCGUCGCCGCCCCUACCGGUGCUCUGACCGCCGUCACCAAGACCUUCGACACGGUCACUUCCGUCUCGGUCUCUGCCAUCCCCGCUGCCACCUCCAACAUCGUCAUCUCCCCCAGCGCCGUCGUCUCCCCUAGCUCCGUUGUCUCUCCCAGCGGUGCCGCCGACGACGGCCACCUGCUCCAGGAUAUUGGUCACGGUGCCAACAAGGUCCUGACCGUUACCGGCCAAGACACCAAGAAGCUGCUUAUCAAGCUCAGCCCUGAGGUCAGCCAACUGCUCUCCGGCCUGGGUCUUCCCGGCGUCGGCGUCCCCGCCGGCAAGAUCAUCAAGACCGCCGGUGCCAUCGGCGAUCUCCUCCAGGACAUCGGCGAAGCCGUCGACGGCCUGAUCACCGUUGUCGACAAGGAUCUCGGCGCCGUCCUGAUCCAGCUCGACCCCGAAGUCACCGGUCUCAUCUCCGGCCUGGGCCUUCCCGUCCUGGGCAACGCCCUGGGUGAAGUUGUGGGUACCCUCGGUGAGAACCUGAAGCGUUCCGACAAGGAUGGCCUCCUCGAGGAUGCUGCCCCCGUCGCCAAGGAUAUCCUCCAGGUCACCGGUGAAGACUCCAAGCAGCUUCUCGUCAAGCUCAGCCCUGAGGUCGCUGAGCUGAUCUCCGGUCUCGGUCUCCCCGGUGUUGGUAGCGCUGUUGGCAAGAUCGUCAAGACUGCCGGUGGCGUUGGCGAUCUCCUCAAGGACCUUGCCUGGCCCGUUGAGCAGCUCCUGACUGUUGUCGGUGAGGACGGCUCUCACCUUUUGAUCCACCUCGAGCCCAGCGUUGUUGGCCUCCUUACUGGUCUUGGCCUGCCUGCCCUCGGCCAUCCCCUUGGCCACGUUGUCGGCACCGUCGGCGAGAACCUGUAA